GAGGGCCCCAGCCAGACAGACAGCGUGGCUGCAUUGUCGCAGCAGCAAGACAACUUGUCCAGUCGACCAGUAGCUCAGCUGCUCAUAACAUCCUCAGUUUGAGCCCUUUGCCGACUGGACAUGCGGGUCUGUCUGCAUUUUCAGCAGCAGUACAACUCAAAACUCAAAGAACAAGAGGGAUUUAUCACCGAUGUGGAAUAACGGCUGCUGUCACGGAUAGCUGGCACACAGACUGACAGGCGACGGAUACCAGCCUGCUCUCGCCCGGCGUCGGGAGCCACCAGCCGGCCGCAGGGACCUGGAGGGGUCGGCUGCCUGGAAGGCUAGCUUACUGGCAUAAGCCGGGGAGAGCUUUUUCAUAAUAUUUUUCUGUGUUGACACCAACUCAAAAAGUGACACCGUGAAGAUGGAUUGAAACAUGAAGGGUGGAACUGUCCCAUCAUCAAAAUAGGAGGGCUGCUCUCUUGAGGUUGUGCUCUGCAGCUAAUCUGUGUGACUGAGCUGGGGGACAGAGAGGAAGAUGCCUCCCAGGCCGUCCUCAGGGGAGCUAUGGGGCAUCCACUUGAUGCCUCCCAGGAUCCUGGUGGACUGCCUGCUGCCCAACGGGAUGAUUCUGACCCUGGAGUGUCUCCGUGAGGCCACGCUCAUCACCAUCAAACACGAACUGUUCAAGGAGGCCAGAAAAUAUCCCCUCCAUCACCUCCUACAGGAGGAGACUUCCUACAUCUUCGUCAGUGUUACACAGGAAGCAGAGCGGGAGGAGUUCUAUGAUGAGACCCGGAGGCUGUGUGACCUCAGACUUUUCCAGCCCUUCCUCAAGGUCAUUGAACCAGUUGGCAACAGAGAGGAAAAGAUCCUUAACAGAGAGAUUGGUUUUGCCAUUGGUAUGCCAGUGUGUGAGUUUGACCUGGUGAAGGACCCGGAGGUUCAGGAUUUCAGGAGAAACAUCCUGAAUGUUUGUAAAGACUCUGUGGAGCUGAGAGACGCCAGCGGGCCCCACAGCAGAGCCCUGUAUGUUUACCCACCCAAUGUUGAAUCCACACAGGAACUACCCAAACACAUCUACAGCAAACUGGACAAAGGCCAGAUUAUCGUUGUGAUUUGGGUGAUUGUCUCUCCAAACAACGACAAACAAAAGUACACACUGAAGAUCAACCACGACUGUGUGCCUGAACAGGUGAUUGCAGAGGCCAUUCGUAAGAAGACACGCAGCAUGCUGCUGUCCCCCGAGCAGCUAAAGAUGUGUGUUCAGGAAUACCAGGGUAAAUACAUCCUCAAAGUCUGUGGCUGUGAUGAGUACCUGCUGGAAAAGUACCCCAUCAGCCAGUAUAAGUAUAUCCGUAGUUGCAUCAUGCUGGGCAGGAUGCCUAACCUGAUGCUAAUGGCUAAGGACAGCCUGUACACCCAGUUGCCUACAGAUAACUUUGUCAUGCCGUCAUACUCCCGCCGCAUCUCCACGGCAGCGUCCUAUAUGAACGGCGAGGCAGCUGCCAAGUCGCUGUGGACCAUCAAUGGAACUCUGCGAAUACGAAUCCUCUGUGCCACCUAUGUUAACGUCAAUAUACGGGACAUAGACAAGAUUUAUGUGAGAACAGGUAUUUACCAUGGAGGAGAACAGAUGUGUGACAAUGUCAACACACAGAGAGUACCCUGCUCCAACCCCAGGUGGAACGAGUGGCUGACCUAUGAUAUGUACAUCCCAGACAUCCCCCGAGCCGCCAGACUUUGCCUCUCCAUCUGCUCAGUGAAGGGCAGGAAGGGAGCAAAGGAGGAGCACUGUCCCCUGGCCUGGGGUAAUGUCAACUUGUUUGACUACACCCACACUCUGGUGGCUAACAAGAUGGCUCUGAACCUCUGGCCUGUUCCUCAUGGCCUUGAAGACCUCCUCAACCCCAUAGGAGUCACGGGCUCCAACCCCAAUAAGGAAACGCCAUGUCUGGAGCUGGAAUUUGACCACUUCAGUAGUCCAGUCAAAUACCCAGAUAUGAAUGCUGUAGAGGAUCACGCAAACUGGACCAUCUCAAGAGAACUGGGGUUCAACUACAACCUCUCUGGACAGAGCAAUCGUGUGGCCAGAGAUCACGCCCUGACGGAGAGCGACAUCGAGCAGCUGAGACAGCUCAGUAACAGAGACCCUCUCUCAGAAAUCACUGAGCAGGAGAAAGACUUCCUCUGGAGACACAGGCACUACUGCAUGAACAUCCCUGAGAUCCUUCCCAAGAUCCUUCUCGCUGUCAAAUGGAACUCCAGAGAUGAAGUAGCACAGAUGUAUUGCCUUUUAAAGGAAUGGCCGUCCAUUCGUCCUGAGCAGGCCAUGGAACUGUUGGAUUGUAAUUAUCCGGACCCCAUGGUCAGACACUUUGCUGUACGAUGCCUUGACAAAUACCUGACAGAUGACAAACUGUCACAGUACCUCAUCCAGCUUGUACAGGUGUUAAAAUACGAGCAGUACCUUGAUAGUCCCCUGGCCCGUUUCCUCCUUAAAAAGGCCCUGACCAAUCAAAAGAUAGGACAUUUCUUCUUCUGGCAUCUCAAGUCAGAAAUGCACAACAAAACAGUGAGCCAGAGGUUUGGGUUGCUGUUAGAGGCUUACUGCAGGGCUUGUGGCAUGUACCUCAAACACUUGAGCAGGCAGGUAGAGGCCAUGGAGAAGCUCAUUAACCUCACUGACAUCCUCAAACAGGAGAAGAAGGAUGAGACGCAGAAGGUCCAGAUGCGGUUUCUCGUGGACCAGAUGAAAAGACCGGACUACAUGGAUGCUCUGCAGAACUUCACCUCUCCUCUCAACCCUGCACACCAACUGGGAAACCUGAGGUUAGAUGAAUGUAGGAUCAUGUCAUCAGCGAAGAGGCCGUUGUGGCUGAACUGGGAGAAUCCUGACAUCAUGUCUGAGCUGCUCUUUCAGAACAAUGAGAUCAUCUUCAAAAAUGGAGACGACUUGCGGCAGGAUAUGCUGACUCUGCAGAUUAUUAAAAUCAUGGAGAACAUUUGGCAGAAUCAGGGACUGGACCUACGGAUGCUGCCCUAUGGCUGUCUGUCAUUAGGAGACUGCGUGGGUCUCAUCGAGGUGGUUCGCAGCUCUCACACCAUCAUGCAGAUUCAGUGUAAAGGCGGCUUGAAGGGAGCCCUGCAGUUCAACUCCAACGCUCUGCAUCAGUGGCUCAAGGACAAGAAUAAGGGCGAGAUGUAUGAUCUGGCUGUGGAUCUGUUUACGAGGUCGUGUGCUGGCUACUGUGUAGCUACAUUUAUUCUUGGGAUAGGAGACAGGCACAACAGCAACAUUAUGGUCAAAGAUGAUGGACAGUUGUUUCAUAUAGAUUUUGGCCAUUUCCUGGAUCAUAAGAAGAAGAAAUUUGGCUACAAGAGAGAGCGAGUGCCCUUUGUUCUGACGCAAGACUUCCUCAUCGUCAUCAGCAAAGGUUCCCAGGAGUGUGCAAAGACCAAAGAGUUUGAGAGGUUUCAGGAGAUGUGUUAUAAAGCCUACCUGGCCAUCCGGCAGCAUGCUAACCUGUUCAUCAACCUGUUCUCCAUGAUGCUGGGCUCCGGUAUGCCUGAGCUGCAGUCAUUUGAUGACAUCGCCUACAUUAGGAAGACGCUGGCCCUGGAGAAAACUGAACAGGAGGCGCUGGACUACUUUAUGAAACAGAUGAACGAUGCUCACCAUGGAGGAUGGACCACCAAGAUGGACUGGAUUUUCCACACAAUCAGACAGCAUGCACUAAACUGAUCUGCACACGAACAAAAAAAACCCACCAGUCCCGCCAUGGAGUAUUUACUUCUGUCAGCCAGCAUUAGUCCAUCACAGAAUUUUUCAGUUUUCCAUAGCAGACGCCAGGAACUGCUCACUGAUGAUGGAAGUUUGGAGCUUGAUAUUUUUUUAAUCACACCAGUACAAUUUCUUUUCUUUUUUUUUUCUUUUUUUUUUUUUUAAUAACGAGGUUCCUGUUUCACCUUCCUUUUUGUGUGGUCUUGACGGCGCCCCCGCACUACCCUCUGCUUGUUCUGGGAUCCUCCUCAUGUCCUUGAAGAUGUGCGCUACUUGGCUGAUGUUUGUAGUACUGACUACUACGCUUCCUCUGUUAUGUUAUGUUCUUUUCGUACGUUAAAAAAAAAAAAAAAAAGGAAAUUUUACCCUAUACACUCCACAAAUUGGACACAAAUUUAUCUGCCAAGCUAUAAAUGUAGCCACUGAGUCCGACUUGCUGCUGUAUUAGUGCUGCACUGUGGCUCCAUCCCAGAAAGGAGGUGCUUGGGAAACUUUUAUUUAUUUAUUUUUUUUAAAAUCUUAUCUUAUGAGAAGACAGAGGGCACAAAAGAACUGUCUAAAUGAUCUCGUUGUACAGUGCAGGAUGGGGGCAGUUACCACGGCUACCACCGCACAGUCUUCCGCCAUCUUUGUGGUGAAGUCGUCCCUUGUGACCUGAUUUGGUUGUCAGCCCUCCCACCUUUUAAUCCUUUGUGAGGAAAUGUCAAACUUAAAAAAAAAAAAACAAACUUCAGAAGAGUAUCUGGGUUAUUUUUGCGCCGCUCUACAGUCUCCAUCAGCCUCAAUAAAACAGCACUCCACCCUCGGGAACUUUUGUCGGUGGCGCAACUUUAGACUCUUGAACAAACUUCAGGGUGAUGAUGCCUUUCCAUCAAAAAAACAGCACUUAGAAAAAAAAAAAACAGAGUAAUAUACAAAUUUAUUAUGACUUUUUAAAUUUAUUUAUGUAUCUUGUUUCAUUCAGUUUCUACAGUGGCAAAACCCUGACUCAACUCUUCAGAAACACACCGUUGUUUGUGUAAAUAUAUUUGGAUUUUUUUUUUUUGUAUUUGCGUUUACCUGUUUGCAGCUUCUUCCGACUCCCAUGAGUGCAACUGCUUUUCCCCGGUAUCACAAUUAUAGAGCUUUGCUCAUAUUUGUAAGUUAGGACUGCUGACGCCUCAGUCACUUUUAAGUUAAAACAUUCAUUCGACUUUACCAGUAGCUCCAUUUUUUUGUUUUUAUUGUGGCUAGUCUACAGCCCCACCUGGAAUUUACAAGUUUAUAUUGUUUAUGAAUGCAAAAACGGCAAGAGUGAAAGUGCCAGUCUCACUUCUUAUGAAUAAUGGGACCUAUUUUGAGCCUGGGGGCUGUCUGUUUUGUCAGCGAGCAGAGGCCCAGGGGAAUGUCACGUCUUCCUGUUGAUAAAAUGCCUUUGUGUUACAGCACAACACUCCACAACACCGCACACUGCUAAGCCCUACAAACUUUGCUUGGUCAAGUUGUAGAAAGCAAACCGUGACAGCACUAUUACCAUGAAAAGCAUGGCUUUUUCUUUCUUUUUUUUUUUAAUUUUUAGAAAAAGCUCGAUUUGACCCUAGUGGUGUAUUAUUUCUAUUUCUAACCAUGUUAGGUUGAUGGUUUUUGGCAUGUCUGUCAUGAGAAUGUCUUGUAUGCAUCACACAUUUUGGCAUUUUUAAAAAAAUUUUUAUCCAGAACACACGUUUUCACUAGGCCCAUAACCCCGGCAGUAUUUAAGCUCUGCUUUAUGUUUCCAGGCACUGUGAAAGCCAUGAUCUCCACAUCUCUGUCAGAAGCCUGGAACAUAUAAGCAAGUCGCUUUUUCAACUGUUAAAAGUCACAGUAUGCGGGUGCGGUAUAGUUAUAAGAAGGAUUUACAUCCAAUCACUCAGAAAAGUGAUCCAAUAGUUAGAUCAGGAGGAGAAUAAGGAAUUAAUUAGACCUCAACCAAAUUGUCAACUGACAUCCAAACGCUGACCCAUGAACUCUCGGUCAAGUGCAGUUUUAUAUGAUGGGUUGAGGUUAGCUAGUCGACCCAAAUCACAUUUGAUUGGAUACAUUUAUGUAAUAGCCCCCAAGUUCAGGAAGACUCAUCAAAAAAUGCUUUUCUGGAAGAGAGAGAAGAGGGAUUUUGAUAUGAAAACACCCCAAAUGAUUUUUUUUAACAUAUAUUUAGCAAGAAAAGAUAAUUAAACAGUUCAUUUUUUUAGUUUACAGUGUCUUUGAAGCCGGUCGUUUCAAGUCAUUUCGGAAAUUUCUAAAAAGUUUUUUAACGCUUAACAAAGCACCUUGAGUGGCCAUCUGCUUUACGGCUUUUGUCAGUUCACUGAGGAGAGAAUGUAGUAUUUUAUUUUACAAGAAAAGGUUCCUCAGAGCAGCCUCAUGAACCUCUCCCCCCCCCUCCCUCCUGCAGUAUGACAUUUGGAUGUGCGUAGAGCUACGUUAUCAUCUACAGUAUGAAACUAGAUUUGUCCGCGGAAGAAAAAAAAACCCCCACUUUCCUUCUUCAACAGUUGAUUGUAUUGAAAAGCCAAAGUCGUGGUCUUGUUCUGAUGUGGCGCACGUGUGUGAUGUCAUAUUAUUGCAACAUUAAUGGCUAGAAUGUAUUUAAUUUCUAAUAUGGACCUUAUGUGCACUCAUCUUUUUUUUUUAAUGUUUUUGCAUCAGUCAUGUUUUCUUUCUAAGGUCAGAUGCAGUGCUACUAAACAUGUUGUCAGCUCCUUCUUUUUUCUAAACGUGCCAAGUCAGGACUGUGAAAGCUAAUGCUGGAUCACGCAGUCGGUCAAAUCAGUUACAGACUUUUAAAAAAAAAAAAAAGGAGAAAGGUUGGGGUAUGCACUUAGAAGUUCUUGUUCUCAAUGCCUUUCCGUCCAAAAAGUACACUGUAGGAAGAAAGUUAGCUUAGUAUGCAUGUUUCUCAAGCAGCAUAACCAGUUUGUGUGUACAGUUACAGUCUAACCUCUUUUUCUACGGUAGGCUUCAUGUGUAACGAACCUGUAGCGUCGUUAGCCUUUAUUUAUCCUUUCUCAUGUAUCCUCCAAAAUUGUGUGUGUGCGUGAGUGUGUUUGCAUAUGCAUCAGUAGUUUCUGCACAGGUUGCAGAGCAUUCAUUGGCAGGCCCCAAUGAAAAUCCACAUUAUGUAUGUAUGUAUGUAUGUAUAUGUCCAUAUGUCUGCGUGUGAUGACACCUCAACUGUUGCAGUGACGGUGUCUCUAAAUGUUUUGUAAGCCUUUUUUUCCCCUCUGGCUGGUCUGUGCCAGAGACGAAGAAGAAGAAAAAAAAAAAUAAUGCUGAAGUUUUUGCAUUGUUUGUAAGACAACGAGGGGAAACGGAAAAACUUUUUUCAUACAGCAGUUGUAAAUGUUUUACUUGAAAUGAAAUUGGAACCACAGUUGUAUUUAAAGUUCAAACGCGGAGUGCAGUGUCUGUUUAAUACUGAAGGGUGAAAGCGUGCAUACGUCGUACUGUAAGUAAGCACUGAAGGAUGAAGCAUUAUAUGUACAGGCUGUUUGUUCCAUACUGGUUGUGAAUGUUAUUGAUGCCACCGUCCGACAUUUCAGAAUGAAGACUACUUCUUGAACUAACAAAGGACUGAAGUCGGUAUUGAGGCCAACUAUGACAAAGUAGUUUCUGUCAUUUGAUAAGAUUUACUAAUCUUACAUUUUUAUUACGUCAGCCUCAAAAAUGAUAAUGAAGACGUCCAGCUGUGAUGGUUCUCCAAUCCUCCUCAGAGCAUGUUUAUUUGUUUAAAAUUUCUCAUGGCCCUCAACCUCGGUGCUGGAUUGAUCGCACUAUGUUUUCCUCCCUCGCGUGAAGGCUGUGAUGGCUUUAUCCAACUAAACUAAACAAGAAACUCAACAGUGAAAACAAAGGCUCACAUUUACGAGUCUGCUCAUCACAGGAUCAGUUUGACUGUUUUGUGUAGUUUUAAAGCAAAGCCAGCUCGUCUUGACUGUAUGAAUAAACAAUCUGCAGGAGAUUUAAUCUCACAUAAUGAUACAUAAUCAUUAUACCUGCUAUUUGACAACAGUACGAGAACUUGGAAAUGGUUGAUUCUCCUUUAAGCCCUUCAUGUGUGCAGAGAAAGGAGGGAAAUCCUGUUUUCAUUCAUCCUCUAAUCAGUUAAUGCAAUCAUAUGAUCUGAGCUAUGAUUAAAGGACAGAGUGGACACAAUAACAUGAACAUCCAAAAAAAAAAAAAAAUGCAAUCCAAUGCAUUAAAUGCUGUCAUUGUUAGCUAAUGUUCAGUUUCUGAUGACUGUGAAAUUUUUUAUUUUUAUUUUGAAAUGAUUCUGUGUCCUUGUUAUUGUGUCCACCGCCUGUAUGGACCCAGAUUUUCACCUGUAAGCAGUUAAAGGUGCUUUUUUUUGUUUUUUUUUUAAACUUUAAUUUAGGGAGUGUCAUUGUUUUAAGACACAGUGUAUUUUUUUUAUAAAGCCCUUAAAAAGGCUUUAAACAGAUGAAUGUUGAGGGUUUUGAACUCUUACACUCGCAGGAAAAAAAAGCAACCUCUGAUCACCAAUCAUUCAGAUUAUUGAUCAUAAAUUUUCCCUUGGAAGAAAAAUAUUGAUGUAAUGUCAGACAAAACAGUCUGUGGUUUCAUGUUAUUUUUUUGUAUGCAGCACUAUAAACUACAUUGCAGCAUCUCACUAAUGUAUUUCCAUAACAUGCCAUGCUGUCAAAACCUUAACCUAUACUAUGAAUGUACAACGGGCCAUGUUGUUGUUUGUUUUUUCACAGCCUACCUGCAUGAGAUUGGGUGAAGAUGAAUAUUAUCCUUCUUGCUACCUUGUUUUGUGUUUGUUUGUUUUUUUAUUAGUCUGCUAAGCAGCCAUACAAAUAUUUAUAAAUUAAUGCCUUAAGUUUGCUCCCUGUAGGAACAGUUCAUCCUCACAAUAACCUGCGUUACUUUUAAUUUAUAAAUGUAUAUUGUGUUUCAUUUUGGCUCCUUGGUCACAGAGUAAAGGUUUGUACCCUGACUGACUGACUGACUGACUGGUCAUCUGAUUGUUCUGUGAAGAUGUACAAAUAAAUUUGUUAAACAUUCA